GUUCGGUCUACUUAGGAGAACGAUCCUGAGCUUAUCCAUGAGAAAUCUCCCCAUACAUUCACCAAUCUUCAUGCAUCAAUGAACGCUCUUGAUCGGAUGAAACGGUUGGUUGGGUUAGAAGGGGGUAGUAGUUCACAACACACUCCAGUGGCUUUGGGGACUUCCAGCAAGAACGGGCCUGCAGUGGUGAAGAUGACUAACUCGAUCGGGGAUGGCGCCAACUCCCGCGAACAACGCCAGCUCGUCGGGGAACCACCACUUACAUUAGAUCUCGCCCUGACAACCAGUGCUUUUAACUUGGCUCCAUCUGAGAACCGACAGCCUUGCGAUCACCCCACUCACUCUGCUCAACCCAACCAGCCCCUCUGCCAGCCUCUUCGUGACUAUUCCCCUGCGAUUGGCCACGACGCCGAACCUCCCUCCCUCCCUGACUCGUGCGCCGCCAUCAUCGAGGGCGCCGGCUCUUCCUCCUCUUCCAAGGCACCUUAUACACGUGGGCACCGCCGUCGUUCCACCCACGUUACUCACCGUGACCUUGAGAAGUUCCAAAAGGAGGUCCUGGGCGUUGACAACCGCCCCGCCUGGUACGACGAGGAAAACGGCUCCUCGGUCCCCAUCAACCCUUACGAUCCCCAGCUCUCGGAAUUGAAUCUCGCUUUCGAACGAGCCGAUAUGUCUAUGAACAGCGGUGCCGGUGGAAUGGCUGGCGGAAACAAUCCAGGACCCAACAUGUACUCCAAUUUCACGGAGAAUUCACCAACUUCCAACAUGGGCAGUAUGCAACGACAAUCCCCGAACCCCGCAUAUCCUCACCCUGCACCGCCAGUCAAUGGCGGUGGUGCUGGUGCUGGUGGGAUGGUUGCUGCGAUGAAUGCCAGCAUGCCUAUGAAUGCGGGGCAUCAAAUGGAUUUGCAUCAUCUUUAUGAGAUGGUGAUGGAGUUGAGUGAGGUGCUGAAGAACAACCGCGAGGUCACAAAGAGUAUUGUCACAAGUGCCGAGGAGAUCAUGAAACAUGGCAAUUCUGAGGAUGCAAGUGCCGUCAUGCGGCAAGUCAACGGCGAGAUAUCUGCUGCCCGCAUUUCAGAGCUCGAACGUGCCCUUGCCAAGGAGAAGCGGCUAGUCGAAGAUCUUAGACGGGAACAAGUCGAAAACACCAAAUUGAUCGGUGAAUACGAAGCCAGCGUCGGCACAAUGGUGGAGCAAAUCCGCAACUAUUGCCAAAACAACAAUUUGCAUUUCCUCUACCAAAAGUCUCAUUACAACAACCUCCUACAGGCAGAGCGAGACGCACACCUGGAGAGCCGUCUGGACCGGGACUACUGGCACACACAAACAAUGAAAUGCGCACAAAUGAUUCGCAAUGCACACCGAAUCAGGUCGAAUGAAGAGGAGGUCCCCAUCCGCAUCAUUGCUGGUCUACAGAAUGAAGUCCGGGCCUACCGCAACGCCUUGGGGAUGGAGCCUGAGAAACCAGAAGAGGAAUAUGGUUGGGAAAUCCUCAAGGACGUUCCUAGUCCGGAAUAAAACUAGACUGCAGUGCCGGAUACUUGCCUUCAGUUGGAUGAUGGAUGCCUUCAUGACCUGUAUUAAUAACUUCUCGUUUCUGUUGCAUAAUUCCCGCUGGCGGGUUGGACUUUGGAUGCCGUGAUGAUCGCUCUUUUCCUUCGCUUCCCCUUCUCUGAUUCUCAGCUGCCAUAAUUGGAGUUGGGUUUUGUCUAUGCAGUAGCUAUCUCAAGUGUCCCGGCGGGAUGCUAGGGAUUCGAAUCAUUGAUAGACUUUUUACUACCAUUUUUCUUCAAUAGGCACGAAACACGUAGGCAAGAUAAUCAACAAUACUUCUUUCGGGACAAGUACACCUCUACCUUGAACACUGACUAUAAUAGAGGCUCCCGAGGUAUGCCUAGG